AUGAAGUUUAUGAAACUCGGAUCCCGGCCGGACACGUUCUACACUGCUGAGGCUGUCAGGUCUGUCUCCUCUGAAGUUUCUAGUGACCUUAUAGUUCAAGUAAAAGGAAGUAGAUAUUUGCUUCACAAGUUUCCUCUGCUUUCUAAGUGUUUGCGCCUACAGAGACUAUGUUCUGAAUCUCCCGAAUCCUCACAACACCAUAUAGUCCAGCUCCCUGAUUUUCCUGGUGGGGUUGAGGCAUUUGAACUCUGCGCAAAGUUCUGUUAUGGUAUUACAGUUACUCUUAGUGCCUACAACAUUGUUGCGGUGAGAUGUGCUGCCGAAUACCUGCAGAUGACAGAGGAUGUUGAGAAGGGGAACCUAAUAUACAAACUUGAAGUUUUCUUCAAUUCCUGCAUACUUCAUGGGUGGAAAGAUUCUAUUGUCACUCUACAGAGCACCAAAGCAUUUCCUUUGUGGUCAGAAGACCUUGGAAUCACAAGCAGGUGCAUUGAAGCGAUUGCCUUCAAAGUCUUAACUCAUCCCUCAAAGGUGAGUUUGUCGCAUAGUUACUCUAGAAGGGAAAGGGAUGAUGUGUCUUGUAAUGGAGCAGAGAGCCAGAGGCUUAAACCAGCGAGCAGAGGGUGGUGGGCUGAAGAUAUGGCAGAAUUAGGCAUAGACCUAUAUUGGAGAACCAUGAUAGCAGUUAAAUCCGGUGGAAAGAUACCAUCAAAUCUCAUUGGAGAGGCCUUGAAAAUUUACGCAGCUCGAUGGCUACCUAACAUAUCAAGAGAAAGAGAUGUUAAUAAGCAAGAGGCAUCUGACUCGGAUUCAGACUCGGCCAGUGAGACAAAUACAAAGCAUAGGCUGCUUCUAGAAUCACUAGUAAGCUUACUCCCAGCGGAGAAAGGUUCUGUAUCAAGCAGUUUCCUUCUCAAACUUUUGAAAGCAGCCAAUAUUCUUAAUGCCUCCUCAUCUUCAAGGAUGGAAUUGGCCAGAAGAGUGGCGCUUCAAUUGGAGGAAGCAACAGUUAAGGAUCUGUUAAUACCCUCUAUCUCAUAUGCAAAUGAUACAGUGUAUGAUGUAGACUUGGUGAUCACCAUAUUGGAGCAGUUCAUGUUACAAGGGCAGAGUCCUCCCAUUAGCCCUCCGAGAUCCAAGCUGGGGUUUGAAAGGAGGAGGUCUCGGUCAGCAGAGAAUAUUGAUUUGGAGUUUCAAGAGAGCAGGAGGUCUUCUUCAGCAUCACAUAGCUCAAAGUUGAAGGUGGCAAAGCUUGUGGAUGGCUAUCUUCAAGAGAUUGCCCGAGAUGUGAAUUUGCCUCUUUCGAAAUUCAUUACUCUUGCUGAGGCCAUUCCAGAUUUCUCAAGGCUUGAUCAUGAUGAUCUCUACAGAGGCAUUGACAUUUAUCUCAAGGCACAUCCAGACCUAAACAAGAGUGAAAGAAAAAGAUUGUGCAGACCCCUAGACUGCAAGAAACUAUCGGUCGAAGCCUGCAUGCAUGCCGCACAGAAUGAGUUACUCCCACUGAGGGUGGUGGUACAAGUUCUCUUCUUUGAGCAAGCUAGAGCAGCCAUGGGUGGUGGAAAAGUCACUGAGCUGCCUAGCAACAUCAAAGCUCUACUAGCUGCACAUAACAUUGAUCCAUCAAGACCAAAUGCUGCAUUAAGCACAACUACUAGCAUUCAAGCAGAGGACCAGUGGAGUGUGUCAGGCUUUAAAUCGCCAAAAUCUAAGAUUUCAACACUAAGGAUGAAAUUGGCUGAAGAUGAUUUAGAUGAAAGCGAUCUGCAAUCGGAUGGACUUGGGAGAACUUCCAAGUUUAAGGCUUUCUGUGCCCUUCCUACAAGACCGAAAAGAAUGUUCAGUAAGUUGUUGUCCAUCAAUAGAAAUUCCAGUGAGAAGAAUUGA